CCGUACUCGAGUAUGGGAGCGGUAAGUUAGUGGUGUUAGUGGUGGUGCAGAGAAACGACGCGAUUCCUAUUCUGACCUCCCCACUACUGAGAAAUUGAUGAGAGACACUGAAUCUUGCACAUCUCCAUCUAGUUCAGGUGCCUGAGAACUCACGCCGCCGCGGUUACUUUCUCGCUCUCUUGUCAUUCACCCACCUACCCUACCGCUUGCUCUCUGCCUCCUCCUCAUCCUCCGCUAAACUUGUUUGAUUUUCACUUUAUCAUUAUCUCCAUCCUGGUCCCUGCACUACCUCGCCCCUCUUCACCUCCUCCUAACACACCUCCUCUCUCUUCUCAUCCCCUGCCCUAUCCUGUCUUCAAAGGGACCGCUCUCGGUCUUGUAUAAAGACCUUCAAGAUUCCACCCCUCAAAGCCUCUUGGAUCUACAUCACUCGCUAGACAGUCAUCCUUGGAACUUGAGAGGCUUCCUGGACUUCUGCCGUGGACAUACGAAUACAACUUUCAACUUGACCCAUUUCGUUCUCUGCCUUCUUUCCCACCAGAAACUUGGACUGCUGCUUCUUUGAGAACUUUAACCUAGUAUGUCUGGUUACAACCAAUACCCGGGAUAUAAUCCUUAUCCUGGUCAACAGUAUGGAGACCAACAGCAGCAGCCAUACUAUCCACCCCCUUCCCCUCAACCGCCAGCGGGCUACUACCCACCGCCGCCACAACAGGGUUUUGGAUACCCCGCCCAGCCACAGCAGCCACAGUGGACUCCACAGCCUACUUCGCAAUACCAUGGCGCUAUUCCACCCCAAGGAAAUCAUAUGCCAACUGGGCAGUAUAUGUACAGUCAUCCUCCACCAGCAGGAGCCCCGAAUCUCCCUCCUCAAGGUGUGCAGUCGUUCCAUGUACCCGGAGCUCCUCAGAUUGGCUAUGAAUUCAGCAACUGCACUGGGAAACGUAAGGCACUUCUGAUCGGUAUCAAUUAUUUUGGUCAACGGGGGCAAUUGAGGGGGUGCAUCAACGAUGUGAAGAACAUGUCAACAUUUUUACACGACCGAUUCAGCUACAAGCGCGAGGAUAUGGUAAUCUUGACCGACGAUCAACAGAACCCCCGAAGUCAGCCUACAAAACAGAACAUUUUGCAGGCUAUGCACUGGCUGGUCAAAGAUGCACAACCCAAUGACUCAUUAUUCUUCCACUACUCAGGCCAUGGCGGACAAACCAAGGAUCUCGAUGGUGAUGAAGGCGAUGGGUACGAUGAAACCAUCUAUCCAGUUGACUUCAGAUAUAACGGCCAUAUUGUUGAUGAUGACAUGCACAGAAUUAUGGUUGCUCCUCUCAAGCCUGGCGUUCGAUUGACCGCAAUCUUCGAUUCCUGCCACUCCGGUUCUGCAUUGGACCUUCCAUACCUCUACUCCACUCGCGGUGUCGAGAAGGAGCCCAACAUUGCGAAGGAGGCUGCUACUGGUCUUUUCGAUGCUAUGAGCGCCUACUCAAGAGGAGAUCUUGGAAGUGUUGCACAGUCGGCUAUGGGAAUCUUCAAGAGAGCUACCACUGGAAGAGGGGCCGAGGAAAGGGCAAAGAGGACCAAGACGUCUGCUGCAGAUGUCAUUCAAUGGUCGGGCUCGAAGGACAGUCAGACAUCUGCCGAUGCUACUGAGGGCGGAGAAGCUACUGGUGCCAUGAGUUAUGCAUUCAUCAGAGCUCUCAGCAAGAACUCGCAGCAAUCUUACCAGCAACUUCUCAACAGCAUUCGGGAAGAAUUGCAAGGGAAAUACUCCCAGAAACCCCAGCUUAGCUGUAGCCAUCCACUAGAUACGAGGUUGCUCUACGUUAUGUAGGCGCCAGAAAAUUUCGAUCCAUGGAACCUCCGCACCCCCUCCUCUCAUCCUUUACGGCACGGCUUAGUGGUUACGGUUUGAUACUUGGUACGUAUGAUUUCACCUUCCAUCCCACCCUCACAUCCCGCGGAUGCAAAGGGAGGAACGGAGGGGGAGGGAUUUACGGUGGUUCAUUCAUUCAUUACGGUUGAUCUCUUCGUCAUUUCAAGUUUCGGAUUUCGGGGUCAGCAUCAGAUAUAUAUCUCCAAAAGUGAUACUUUCUACGUGUUUUUUGUGUGGAGUUUUAUGUGAACGGAAGAUAUCAAAUGGGUUUCUUUCUUCCCUCUUUUCCCUAGCCCUCUCUGUCUCUUCUCUUGCAUUCUUUCGGAACUCACUUGCCACAAUGGCCCUCACAGGUGGACGUCAUAUGAAUGCUAUGAUGUUGGUGAUGCGGGGGUUCAUUCAUGUUUUUCCUUCCUCAUUUCAUUUUUGGUAAGGUGAUAUGAAACCAAAGUGAGGCAUGGAAAAAGGCGGUGCUUCCGGAAGCGUAUUUCUUUUAUUUGGUUCUCUGGUCUCCAUCGUGUUCCAGGACGGAGUUUCAAUCCAAGGUAUUCUCUUUUUGUUUAACUUUGCUUUUUCACCUCUG